GAAUUACCAUCAUCAUCUUAUCAUCAGAACCACCUUUUCUACGCCCUUUCCUCAGUUUCCUUUCUUCAAACCCAGCAGGGCGAUAGACUCUUGCAGCCAUACGACGGAUCUAAUAAAAAAUGGUCACUGUCUCCUUCCUUGGACAGCUUUGCCGUUGAAUUAGGCUGACUCUUGGUGUUUCUGCUCUGGAUCAAAGAUCUAGCUUGGCUUUUGGUACGUUACAACGAAAUAUCGCCAAUACAUUGACUCACCAUACUACGGCGUUUUUCUGGCUGUCCUAUUCUCCGUAUACUUUUCCUGAAAGAAUUUUAUGCGUACUGUUGCACCGAAUGUCGUGAUGAAAUUCGAAUACUCUUGCCUUUGUAAGGAAGCGGUGAAUGUUAAUCAAAAGCGCGAAUUUACGAAUCUAGCUUCGGAGUUUCAAACACGGCUCGAACUACUACCACCACCAUCUACCACCACCGUCUAUACCCCGCCCUUUCCUUUCUUCAAGUUCGCAGCAGUGUCCAAACCCGGCAACACAAUAUUACCUCCCGGCAAGACAACAGACCCCCUAAUCCUCGCAGUACUCGAAGUUUACGACGAACUCGAAGAUCUCAUGCCUUGGCUGGAACUCGAAGAUCUCAUGCAUCGGCUAGAACUCACCACGGCCUCUGAACUUGACACGGCCCUGGAAUUCGCCGAAAACACAAUUGCACAUUGCAAGGACUAUCGACAGAGAGAAUCUCUCCUUCGUGAACUGGCGGCGAAAAUCGUGGACAUGAAGGUUGAAGUGCGUAGAGCGUUUGGCGAAGACUCUCCUGCGUACAGGAUUCUGGUCCUGCGUGGAAGGCGGAUCGAUUAUUGGUUGAAGACCGUGAGGAUCAUUCACCUGCUCUUGUCCAAAUAUUUCUGGUUCGCGGUACUCCUGUUUCUCCUCUGGUUUCUAUUUCGGGUCAAAGGUCUAGCUUGACUGUCGCGUUUUCGUGGCUGUAUCACACUAUACCUCUAUAUACCUUUUCUGAGAGGACCUUAUAUCUACUGUUGUACCCGCACAAUGUCGUCAAUGUAAUCGAGAAAAUACUCUGUAAAACGAAGUUCAUC